CCUCCCCUCCAAAUCCGUUCUUCCUUAUAAUAACAUCAUCAUUUCCUUCGUUUCUCUCUGUCUGUCUCUUUGUCUCUGUGAUCAAUAUCAAAAGAAGAGUUUUCUCCUGCGGAAUUCAGGAUGAACGGGAAGGCCUCCGUUUCCAAGGAGCUCAACGAGAAGCAUUCGAAGAUGUUAGAGGCCCUCCUGAAACUCCCGGAUAACAGAGAAUGCGCAGAUUGCAGAAGCAAGGCACCACGAUGGGCAAGUGUGAACCUCGGCGUUUUCAUAUGCAUGCAGUGCUCCGGAAUACACCGCAGCCUCGGCGUCCACAUCUCCCAGGUAAGGUCUAUCACUCUGGAUACAUGGCUCCCGGACCAGGUCGCUUUCAUGCAAUUUAUCGGUAAUGCUAAGGCUAACCGACAUUGGGAGUCUGAAUUGCCUCCUCAUUUUGAGAGAAGUUCAAGCGAGGCGUUCAUCAAAGCCAAAUAUGCAGAGAAGAAAUGGGUUCCUCGGGGAGCUGUACAACCUGCUCCUGCAAUCACCCAACUGAGGUGCAAUGUCAGCCACCUGGUAGAAACCGGCUUGAAACCUGAAACUCCGAGGAAAACAAGGACUCUUUCCUUGGAUGAAAACAUCCUUGUCAAGCAUGUUGGGCAAAUAAACCCUCCAGCAACAAGAACUCGGGCGGGUUCAGUGGAUAUGAUGGGGAAUGGAUAUGUUCCACCUCUACCAACAGGAAUGGAAGUCAAGAAACCGAGUCAGGCGAGAGAGAUCUCUACUGAGCUUCAUAGCCGGAAUGCAAAUGAAUCGAGUCGGAGGAGAUAUGCAGCACCACCGUCGAGCUGGGCAACUUUUGAUUGAGAUUGGAAUCAUCAUGUGGGGUUACAGUCACAGGUUGGCAGUCAAGAUGAGUUGCUGCCAUCUCACACACUUGCUACUUGUUCUUGCUUUGAAACCAUAUGAGAGAAUACGGAGAGGCCAUAGAGCUGGUCCACCUCACCCAUGUGUAUUAUUUGAAUGUCAAUAAGUUCAUUUCACUUGUAAUAAUAUUUGCCAUUUCACCCCUUAUCGUUAUUUGAAAACAAAAAAGCACGUUGUUGCGUUGCUGUCUUAA